UGAAUCUGACAUGGCACGUGAUGCAGCCUGAAUGAAGCCUGCAGGGGAUAUUUUAGCGCGCCAACCCCUCGCCAACCCCACCACCAGCGAGGAGGCUGUGAAAUAUUCCUGAUUCAAUAAAUCCGCGGCUCGUAACCACCCAACCCAACCGCCCACACCACCACUCUUUGAAAGAGUACACCAAUUUCCAACAUGCUUGACGUCUUCGACUUCAUCGUCGAGAAGGGCGGAGACCCUAAGAAGAUCAAGGAGUCCCAGAGACGUCGUUAUGCGCCUGAAGAAGCGGUGGACGAAGUCAUUGCCCUCUACGAAGAUCACCGAAAGACUCAAUACUCAGCAACACAAAUCAACACAAAAAUCAAUGAGAUCCAAAAACAAAUUGGUGUCAAGAGAAAGGCGAAGGAAGAUGCGGACGACUUGAUGAAGCAGAAAGUGGUGCUUGAGAAAGAAAAGAAGAGCUUGAUCGAAUCCGCCGCUGAGAAAGAAGUCAUAUUAAAGAAGAAGAUUGGCACGAUUGGCAACAUUGUCCAUGACUCUGUGCCCGUAAACAACGACGAGGACUUCAACGCUGAGCAGCGAAAAUGGGCGCCCGAAGGUGUCAAGGUGGAGAAGCGCGACGUACUCUCACAUCACGAGGUGUUGACAAGACUGGAUGGCUACGACCCGGAGCGAGGAGUAAAGGUUGUUGGACACCGAGGAUAUUUCUUGCGGAAAUGGGGGGUCUUCUUGAAUCAGGCCUUGAUCAAUUACGGCCUGGAGUUCCUUGAUGCGAAGGGAUACACGCCGCUGCAGACACCUCAAUUCAUGCUGAAGGACUACAUGGCGAAGACUGCUCAAUUGGAACAGUUCGACGAGGAGCUCUAUAAAGUCAUUGAUGGUGAGGCUCAGAAUGACAAGUACCUCAUUGCCACUUCAGAACAACCAAUCUCUGCUUUCCAUGCGGAUGAGUGGCUUGUAGCCAAGGAUUUGCCGAUCCGAUAUGCUGGAUUCAGCUCAUGCUACCGAAGAGAAGCUGGCUCGCAUGGCAGAGAUGCAUGGGGAAUUUUCCGAGUUCAUCAGUUCGAGAAAGUAGAACAAUUCGUCCUUACUGACCCAGAAAAGUCAUGGGAGAUGUUUAACGAAAUGAUCGCCGUCUCGGAAGAAUUCUACCAGUCUCUUGGAGUACCAUAUCGUGUCGUCGCUAUCGUCUCUGGAGCACUAAACAACGCUGCUGCAAAGAAAUAUGACCUCGAGGCUUGGUUCCCCUUCCAGGGCGAGUACAAGGAACUUGUCUCUUGCUCAAAUUGCACGGAUUACCAGUCCAGAGCACUUGAGAUCCGUUACGGUGCGAAACUGCAGACUGAGAUUCGGAAGAAGUAUGUUCAUGCACUGAACUCAACACUAUGUGCCACCGAGAGAGCACUUUGCUGUUUGUUGGAGAACUUUCAGACUGAAGAGGGCUUCACUGUACCAGAGCCACUCCGAAAGUACCUUCCCGGCGCCCCUGAAUUCAUCCCAUUCACCAAAGACCUCCCUAAAGACACCACCUCCCAGAAGGCAAAGGGCAAGGUUGACAAGGCACCGAAGCCGAAGGUCGUAACUGCCGGAACUUCGCCUAAAGAGGCAGAGGAGAAGUUGAAAGACCUCAAGGUAUAAGGGGGUGAGAUUUGUGGAGAACAAAAUUAGCAACUUGUAGACGAGCGGCUUCGAUCUUGCCAGUAAUGUCAAGAUCAUGUCGCAUGAAAUCAUGACGCGGCGAAAACGGAUUAUCAGGGCCAAUGAACUAGAAAGAUUUCUUGAGUCUAGACUCUUU